UAUAUAUCUCAAAGACAAAGCCUUGUUACACCUCUUUAUCGCUUAAGCAGAAAUAAUGACUCUUGACCACAAAAAUAAGCUAACCCCUAAUGCUGGUGGUGAAGUGCCUGAAGUAGAUGCAGCUCAUGAUCCUGCAACUGCAAUUCUUCGUCGCAAGUCUGCUCCAAAUAAGCUAAUGGUUGAUGAUGCCAGUUCGGAUGAUAAUUCGGUCAUCACCCUAUCUAACAACACAAUGGAGCGUCUUGGACUCUUUAGAGGUGAUACUGUCCUAGUCAAGGGCAAGAAGAGAAAAGAUACUGUUUUGAUUGUCCUUUCUGACGACGACGUUGAAGACAACAAGGCCAAAAUUAACAAAGUUGUUCGCAAUAACUUGAGUGUUCGUUUGGGCGAUGUGAUUAGUGUUCAUCCUUGCAACGAUAUCAAGUACGGAAAGAGCAUUCUCGUGCUACCUAUCGAUGAUACUGUCGAAGGUCUGACAGGUAAUCUGUUUGAGACCUACCUCAAAAACUACUUUUUGGACAAUUUCCGUCCUGUUCGAGAGGGAGACUUGUUUGUUGUACGCGGUAAUAUGCGUCCGGUUGAAUUCAAAGUAGUCAAGACAGACCCAGAAGAAUUCUGCAUCGUCUCACAAGAUACAGUUAUCCAUUGCGACGGUGAACCUAUCAAGCGAGAAGAUGAAGAAAAUAAUCUGAACUCGGUUGGAUACGAUGACAUUGGUGGUUGUCGCAAACAAAUGGCCCAAAUCCGUGAAUUAGUCGAACUUCCUCUCCGCCAUCCUCAGCUUUUUAAAUCGAUUGGUAUCAAGCCUCCCCGUGGUAUUCUUAUGUAUGGACCACCCGGUACUGGUAAGACCCUCAUUGCCAGAGCAGUUGCAAACGAGACAGGGGCCUUCUUCUUCCUCAUCAACGGACCCGAGGUCAUGUCCAAGAUGGCUGGUGAAUCCGAAAGUAAUCUUCGUAAAGCAUUCGAAGAAGCCGAAAAGAACUCUCCGGCAAUCAUCUUUAUUGAUGAAAUUGAUUCCAUUGCACCCAAGCGUGAAAAGACCAACGGUGAAGUCGAGCGUCGUGUUGUAUCCCAGCUGUUGACUUUGAUGGACGGUAUGAAGGCCCGUGCCAAUGUGGUCGUAAUUGCUGCAACCAAUCGUCCAAACUCAAUUGAUCCCGCUCUUCGUCGUUUUGGUCGUUUCGAUCGUGAGGUUGACAUUGGCAUUCCAGACCCAACCGGUCGUCUGGAAAUCCUUCGUAUACACACAAAGAACAUGAAACUCGGUGAUGAUGUCGACCUUGAACAGGUUGCUUCAGAAACUCACGGUUACGUUGGUGCCGACAUGGCUUCCCUGUGUUCGGAGGCUGCCAUGCAACAGAUCCGCGAGAAAAUGGAUCUUAUUGAUCUGGAAGAGGACACAAUUGAUGCUGAGGUACUGGAAAGUCUGGCCGUGACUAUGGAGAACUUCCGCUACGCCCUUGGAGUCAACAACCCAUCUGCCCUUCGCGAGACUGUGGUUGAGGUCCCGACCGUCAAAUGGUCUGAUAUCGGUGGUCUGGAGAACGUUAAGUUGGAACUACAGGAGACUGUUCAGUACCCUGUCGAACAUCCUGAAAAGUUCUUGAAGUUCGGUAUGAGUCCUUCUAAAGGUGUUUUAUUCUAUGGUCCUCCUGGUACUGGUAAAACCUUAUUGGCAAAGGCAAUUGCCAAUGAGUGUCAGGCAAAUUUCAUUUCCAUCAAGGGCCCUGAAUUGUUGACAAUGUGGUUUGGUGAGUCAGAAGCCAAUGUUCGUGAUGUAUUUGACAAGGCCCGUGCUGCUGCUCCUUGCGUGAUGUUCUUUGAUGAAUUGGAUUCGAUUGCCAAGUCUCGUGGUGGUUCGGCAAGUGAUGGUGGCGGUGCUGGUGAUCGUGUUCUCAACCAAAUCCUCACAGAGAUGGACGGAAUGAACGCAAAAAAGAAUGUUUUUGUCAUUGGCGCUACUAAUCGCCCUGAUCAAAUUGAUCCUGCUUUGUUGCGCCCUGGACGUCUUGACCAGCUCAUCUACAUCCCACUUCCUGAUGAAAACUCCCGUUUGUCUAUUCUUGAAGCUCAACUAAGAAAAUCCCCAAUUGCUUCUGAUGUUGAUUUGCGUGUGAUCGCUAAGCACACCCACGGUUUCUCUGGUGCUGAUCUUGGUGAAAUCUGCCAGCGAUCUGCAAAGUUAGCUAUUCGAGAAGACAUUGAAAAGGAUAUUCGUAAUGAAAAGGAACGUCAGGCUCGUAUAGAGUCUGGUGGCAACAAUGAUGAUAUCAUGGACGAAGAUGAUAUUGAAGGCGUAGCAGAAAUAACUCGUGCGCAUUUUGAAGAGGCCAUGAGAUAUGCUCGUCGUUCCGUAAGCGAUGGCGAUAUCCGUCGUUACGAAAUGUUUGCACAGAAUCUUCAGCAGUCUCGUGGUUUUGGUACUUUCAAAUUCCCAGAUAGCCAGCAGUCUGCUGCUGAUGGGGUUCGAGCUAUGGAUGGCGUUAGUAACACAAACACUGGCUUUGGGCAAGAAGAUGGUGAUGAUGACCUGUAUGCGUAAAAGAAUACAACAUCGUCUCCACAAAAAUAGAAAAAAGAAAUAGUGAACAUACUAUGCUUUUCUUCUUCUUCUUUUUUUUGUAAAAAAAAUAUAUAUAAACACACACAAUAUAUCUCACAAGCAAUACACAAAAAAUAAGGUUAUUAAAUUUUUUUACAUAAUUACCAUUAUUCUCCCCUCUCCCUCUCUCCCUCUCUCUCUCUCUCACUUUUUCACUUUCUUUUUUUUUCAUCCUUCUUCAAUAAAUGCGUUUUUAAAUGUAGUG